CAGGCAGACGAUUGAGGCAACAAUUCAGCCACAUUGAGGUUGUUGAGAAGUAUAAUAAAUCCGUGAUCAUGGCCGGACGCUGGCCUUGCGGUCCACGAGGUCUCCGCUGCUUUCACUCGCACCAUGGCGUUUCUUCACCAUUGGAAAUUGUUAAGUCUUCAAGUUUUUAUUCUGAGCAUUUUAUUCAACCAAGUCAAUGCUGAUGGCGAGUGUUAUUUUCCGGGAGGAGCAUGGGCUCGCGACUAUCUCCCGUGCGACCCUUAUGCCCCGACCACAGCCUGCUGUCCGACAGGAUACACCUGCUUCUCAAACCAGCUUUGCGUCGCGACACAUCCGGACGUCAUCAACUCCACAUCGCCGGUCGGGACGUCUUUAAGACCCGGCUGUACCAAUCCUGCGUGGGAUGAGCUCAUAUGCGGCGACUUUUGCUUGAAUAAUCCACGAGACGACAACCUCGGCGACAUCGCAGCGUGUGGAAGCAAUACUUUCUGCUGUGGUGCCGACGUUCGGAAUGGGAAUUGCAACUGCCGCGAAGGCAAAGGAGUCUUCUCCGUUCCAAGCGGAGAUCCUGUGACCAUCAUCGGGUACGCGGAGUUGGAGCACACUACAACGGCCCUCGUCCCAGGGCCAUCACCCACUUCCAAACACAAUUCCCAGUGACGAGUAGCACUGGAUUCAAGGCUGGAUUAGGUGCCGGCAUCCCAGUGCUCAUCAUCAUCAUAUGCGUGAUAAUAUACAUCUGGUGGCACCACAAACACCGACCCAACCCCAAGGAAGAACUCGAGCUUUCGCGUACCAAACAAUGGCAGCCCGCCGCAAACGGCGACAUUAACGG